GGUCUAAAAUAGGGGACCGUUAUCGCCAUUAGAUGUCUCAAAUUUUCUUUUUAUUACUUUUAUUCUUUUGGGACGGAACUCGAUGGUGAAUUUCAUCCCCCAAUAAAAGUAGCUCUGUGAGUGACAGUGGCCUACAUGAAAAACGGGCAGGUAUAAAAGUGGGUCGGUUGCAGUUACGUGGUCACUAACUAUAAAGGGAAGCAGAUGCUCUAAUGAUGGUUCUGAGUUAGAGGAAAUCACUCACGUCUGCUUUUAUCGAAGAGGAUUAUAUUCUGAUCAAACAAGUCUUGACAUUUCCUUAGAUAGAUAGAAUCGUCAAAUGAUGGGUGCACAGAAGACGUUUUUGAAAUUGCUUCUGUGUGGACUUUUAGCUUCACUUGUGUCUUCCUCAGCAAUAAAGGGUAAAAAUGUAAAUAGUGGAAGUGACAAUAAUCGCCCAUUCUGGACUAAAACCUCUCCAGUAAGCCAGGAGUUAACAGACCAUAGCGAAGGUGAAAACCAUGAGGGUAGGAUUAUUGCGGAGCAGCAAGCACAGAACAUGGAUGCUCAUACAGGUUAUCUGGAUGAUAAUAGGCAUAGUUCUGUUUCGCUUGAUCAACAAAAAGUUAAGCUAGAGAACCAGCCUGCUGAAGUGUCUCCAGACUUGCAAGGGAAUCAACAAGAAGCAAUUGUUACAAAUCAAGAAGAAUACCCCUCGACUGGCCUAUUACCAGCUGAUGAGAUUACAUAUACUAGAGAUCAGUCUCAACAGCAGUUCAACCCGUCUUCAAAAGAUUCGUCUUUUGGAGUUCGGAUUCAUGAGAAUAGUGAUUUUUCAUCAGCAUCUUGCAGCGUGAAAGGGGGCUGUGUACAGCUAACAGAUGAAAGUGCUUCCAAAAUCAAUUAUGGCAGCAGUGAUGUCAGCUAUUCUAAUGAAGGAAAUGGUAAUCAAGCGCAAGAUGAGCGAUUUGGUCAACAACAGCAAUUUGAUACAUUCUCACGUUCAGAAGAGCAUUCGCAAGAACAAAUUGAAAUUUCUGUACCAGAAAAGGAUAAUGGGUUCAGCUCAUCAUUUGGCAGCCAACAUAUCUCUAAUAGUUUUCCAGGUGAGGAUCGCAUUGUUAGUAUCAAUAAGGAUAAAAAUGAAGAUAAGCAAUCAGAAUUCUUCAGGGAUGAACAAACCCAAACACACACUGGCAAUCUAGACUUGGCUGCACCAUAUGAUGAAACUGGUAGGCAACAGGAAUACGUACCUCCAGAACAAAGGUCUUACCAAAACACUUACCCAACUUCUCAGAGUAUAGAUGAGACUAAUACUAAUUUUAAUGAUAGAAGUAAUUUCCCUCCAAGAUCUGAGCAAUUUGGAGAUCAAAAUAGAAAUGAUGGGUAUAACUCCCCAAACAGUCCUCCUUUGUUUAAUGGUCAAUCCGUUAUUCCAGAUGAAGAGAAUUUUAAUCAUCAGAAUGGACAUGAUGGCCAGUAUCAUUAUUUAGGAAAUCCUAUAGAUUGGCUCAAAGAAUCUGUACCUGGUAAUCCUGGUGUAGAUUAUCCUAUAUUUUAUAAGGUUCCAGAAACCUCGUUCAGUUGCAACCAGCAGCAGUUUGAAGCUGGAAUAUAUGGUGAUAUGGAUGCAUCAUGCCAGGUUUUCCAUGUUUGCAAAGCAAAUGGUGGUCAAGAUUCUUUCCUUUGUCCAAAUGGCACUGUUUUUAAUCAACAGUAUUUCGUAUGUGACUGGUGGUACAACUUCAACUGUGCGGAUACCCCAGCAUUCUACAAUUUAAAUGCUCAGCUUUACUGGGAUAUAGAUAAUUUCACACCGUCAAGCAUUUUAGCUGGAAGUGCAGGUGUGGAUGCAUCAUCUUUUGGACAGGUCGGUACAACUAACGGCGGUAAUAUUGCUUAUGGUGAUGGACAGUAUUUCCAGGACGAUAUUACAAAUAAUGGUCAGCAAAAUGCAUUUCAAAAGAAUCAAGAAGAUUAUAGUGUUAUUUCUGACCAAAGAAGAAGUAAUUCAGAAAUUGGAGGAAAUGGUCAGUCACAGCAGACUGCGAAUGAUCAAAUUUCUCAGCAUGAUGAACUCAGCUAUGAUACGCAGUCUGCCUUAGAUUCUCAAAAACCUUUCGAAGAUACAUCAUUUUCUGGAUUAGAAGGAAACUAUGCUCAGGUUCAAAUAAAUGAACAAAUUGAUAACCCAGCUGCUCAGUUGAGACCGAUAGACGCAGUUACAACAAACGACAAAAAUUUAGAUAACUCAAUACCUUCGCAAACUCAAAUAACAGAUAUAUCAAGUGAAAAUGUGCAAGAAAUUAAUAUUCCUUCUACAGGCUCAGAUCUAAGGAGAGGAACUGCAUCAGCAAAUAAUGAUGAGUCUAGGCUGAAUGGAAAUGGCUAUGUACAACAGUUUAUUAAUGAUGAAAACUACUUUCAACUAAACCCAGAAAUAGGCAGAAAAGACGGAGAAUCAAUUAAUACAAAUCUACCUGCAAAAGAAGUACAUGAAACAUUUCAAACAACAAUUCAGCCCUCACCUGAAGUCCAAGAUGCUGAAUAUGCUAGGCGUACAAUACCAAAUCAAGAAAAUGAUCUAUCUCCAGAAACAGUGAAUAAACAACCAGUAGAAAAUGUUAUUUUUCCAGACCAAAGAGGCCAGUACCCUGAAAUAGAACAAAGUGCUUUUGAAAAAUUUGGGUCCAUAGAUCGUGUGUCCGAUAACAAUGGAUUAAAUGGAAGCCCCCUUGAUAGUUCACGAAAUACUUAUCCGGUACAGCAGCAAGUAAAAGAUAUUUCCUUUUCAAAAGGUGGCGAAAGUGCUAAAAAUAUCAAAGAAGAAAUAACUCACUUCGAUUCUUCAGGCAAUAUAAACCCAAAGCAUGAAGCAGGUGAAAGCUCCUUCCAACAACAACAGGAACGUGUUAUUUUCCCAUCUGAAUUUUCCCAAGAAAAUAUUGAUAGUACCAAACCAAGUAGAUCUGGAGGUCCUGUGGUUGCUUCAUUUGAUAAUAGAGACCUAACUGGUAUUGAUAAUAAUCCUGUGCAACACUUUCCGCAAAAGUCUAUAGAUGAUGUAUAUACCGUGCGCUCAGUACAACAAGCCCCGGAACAAGUGCAGACUAAUAGUGAUGAAGUUCGAAAGGAAAUCGUAGUAAAUACAGAUAAAAUUUUUAGAGGGAGUGCAAGUAAGGAAAAUGGUGAAACCCCAAACUUUUACGAACAACAACGGUUUGUUGAAAUACCAGACAUUUCGCCUCCUACAGUAGCCAAUCACAAUGCUUUGGAAGAUUUUCAAAAAAGGAACGUAGCAUUUAUGGCAACUGGAGACAUAACGCUUACUCCACACACGUCUUCAAGUACUGCAGCUCCCGAAGGCUUAGCUGUAGAUAAUUCUAAACUGAUUCAACAGAACAUAGAUGAAACAUCUCGUACACAGAUAGCUAACGAGGUUAAAAAUGCAGAUAGUUUUACAGAAAAUGGAAAUAUUGAACCUCAGACUCAAAACUUUCGUGUUGAAGACAUACAUAGCAUGGUUAGAGGACCUCAGAGAAUUCGGCAAACAGAGCAACAGGGAAACAGAGACAGUAUCAAUCAACGUUUCAUUUUCAAACCCAAUCAGCGACAAAUUUCAAACAUUGAUGCCAAUUCAUUUGGGUCAAAUACUCAAGAACUAAUUCAAACAGAUGAGAUCCAACAAACUAAAUUACCACAAGGUUAUGAAAACCAACAAAUCCACCAUCAACAACAAAAUAUUCCAUCUCAAAGAAACAGGUUUGUCCCGCAUGUAAAUGAAGAUGAGGAUAGUGGGAGAAAUCAUGGUACAUUCAUAAACCGUCCUGAAGUGAAAGGAACAGCGUCUAACCAGCCGCUAGUAACUCCCGUUAACUCUGUUAACUGGUGGAACCAAAUGCCACAGAGAGGCCCAGGAUCAUCACAUUCCAGACCUUCAGUACAGAGACAAAAAUCUAAUUUUGAAUUCCAACAGAGAGAUAUUUCAUAUGAUGAACGUGCUCCUGUGCAAGUAUUUCAAGAAAGCUUCAGCAACAGUGGACUGCCACAAAGAAAUUUUGAUCUACCUCAGCAAGUAAGAUUGCAAAACAGGCAGCAAAAUGCCUUCGGUAGUGAAAGCAGGGAUUUUAGACCUCAAAGUCAAGAAAUAUCAAGGCAGCCUCAGUUGAGCCCAUACCCACUGCGUGAACAAUAUGGAACGGAUGAUCAAACGCAUAACCAGAAUUCUGAGCCGCAUUCCCAGAGUAAGUUUCAUGUAACUUCUGGUGUUCAGAAUUUUCAAGAGAACUCCAGAAAUAUAAAAAGUUUAAAUGCUUUAUCGGCACAAAAUAAUGGACCCGGAUAUAGUCAAGCCGUGCCUUCUUCGUCAGAAAUAACUCAAAGUUAUAAUGGCUGGAAACCGAUUGUUCGACAGUAAUCUGAAGUGCCAAAAUGGACAGAAUAGAAAAUGUGUAAUAGUAAUGUUGUUUUAUGUGCUCAAGAAAUGAGGUGAUUGUUCCUUUUCUGAAAGAAAAUGUAUGUAUCCUAUUUCGUAUUCGUAUUAUUUUCAAAGCUGUUACAAAUUUCAGCUUAUUUAAAAAUGUAAAUAUGUUUGGUAUGGUUGUGGUUGGAUUAAUGUAAAGUGUCUGAGAGAUUUAAGUUUCAAAUGAACGAAAUAUUUCCUUUUCAUAAGGAUUAUUUUUGCUACUUUGUUUUCUACAAACUGAAUAGGAAUGUGCAAUUAUAAAUAAUACCAUUGACUAAUGAAGAAGUGCUUUAUUUUUUUAAUAUAUUUGCAAUUUAAAAUAUAUCACUGAGAACAGUUUAAGAAUUUAUUACGAAAAAUCACUAGAGUUCUGUGCUUUAAGGGAGAUUGUAGAUAAAAGAUAUUGCUCAUUUCUGAAGAAAACAUGGGGGUAAAAUUUGAGAUAAAGCUUUAAAAUUUGUGAAGGAUAAAUUGGAAAAAAAUAUUUUACUUGUAUGGAAUCAUUUAUUUAAAGUUACGUAGUUUUAUUAUCAUUUUACAUACAUUUUUCAGUAAUAGUCAAUUUACUACAAGAAUAAGAAGUAAACCAGAAAAUAAAUUUAAUGCCAUUACAGUUAAUUGCUCAAACCAGAUGAGCCCUAAUAUAAUAACCAUGUAAAAAAUUAACUUGAAAAACUGUAAAAUGUUAAUAAUGAAACGCACAUUUCCAUAGUUAAAAAACUGCAUACAUGGAAAAAGAUAGCUUCAUGUGUCCUAAAAUUCAAACCUUUAAUUCAAACCUUUUAAUUAAUGCCGCUGAUAUAUAAAAAUUCAAAAAGUCUUACGCAUAUUUUAGCAUUAUGUCAGGAAUGAGACGCAUAGAAAGUCGAGCCCCAACCGUUUCUUAGCAUAAUAAAGUGCAGGAAGAAUAAGAAAGCAGGGCAGGAAAUACAAAAUGUUCAUUUAGAUAUAUAGUAUGACAUAGACUUUUGAUACUAUAUGCUUAUAGUAUCAGAAGACUGACUUUACAUUCAUCCCUUCUGUACCAGUAAAUGCCUCGCAAUUUCGAUACACAGGUUGGCGAACUGACAAUCUUCUCUAGACUGUUUUGCAAAAGCAUUUCAAUGAAAUCAAUCUUAGAAAUAGUCUACGAGACUGUCGUAUUCAAGGCUUUUAAAGGUGCAUGCUAAGAGACUGUAAGUUUCAUUGUAUAAUACUCGCUUUAUAGAGAAUUGAGGAACCUCCUUGUAGUAAUACAAAACAGCUCGUGUACUUUUGUGUGAAUUCUGUUCAAUUCUGUAUAUUCUGCUCCUACAACGAGAAAUAAGCGUUUUGUUCGUUCUCGAACACAAUGUUGUUUAUCUCAAAGUGUCUACUUCUCAAAACAUAUUGUGCAAAUUACGUAAAUGCUUGAUAAUGUUGCGUGCGUCUGUUUAAGAACCCUGCGUCUGUUACAUAGUAUGUUCAUGUGUUCUGUUCUUAGAUUGGCAAAGACCGAUUAUGCCAAAAAGCGAUUGUGUUUUACGUAGCUAAUAUGUGCUUAUGGGUUAUUUUAUUUUCUCUUUUGCAUGUCUAACAGGAGCUUAUUCUUUAUUUUACCUAGUUAAUAUGCGUUUAUAAGAGAGCAUUUUUAUUCUGUCCCAUAAGUGCGUAUUAACCAGUUCAGUUUUACUACAAUGAUGCAACCUAUUCCAGCAACAACAAGGCUUUAAAUGAGAAUGACCCUACUCUUAUUUAAUAGCUAUUAAAUCAAAAGUCCUAUAACAUGCGCGUUUGGGGUACUUAGCUACUCGUUUCCGUGUAAAAAUAAUUUAUUUUUUGCAUUGCUAACCUACUUUCAAAAUAGUCUAAAACUUUUUGAAUUGUCCUAUAUAUCUGGAAAAAUAACAGCCGACUAGUAGGUUAGGGCAAAGUUAAAAAUAAUCGUUAUUACUAUCAUUAUUAAAAACUGACCGCAGAUAUUUUGAUACAUGAAUAUUUUCAUGCUGUUUCUAAUAAUAAAAAAUGUAUAGGCGAAUACAGAUGCACAGUGAACGUGUUAAUUUCUGAUGUUUCAUAGAGUAGAACUUUUGCGAAUUUGUUACUUUGUACAAUGUUGUUAUUUAAAGACAAAUAUUUUGAGAAACGUUUUUUUCAAAAUUGCAUUUUGAAUUUGGGUAUAAUUUCACGUUUUGUUUUGACACUGUUCUAUUUGUAAAUCUGUUUACAAAAAUGAUCUGAAAUAAAAACAGCUAAUGUUUUGCAGUGUUAGACUUAUUAUAGAAAAACAGAGGCAAAGAUAAUGCCGGUUGCAUUAUCCAUUUGUAAGAGGUUAAACGUCAGGCCAUCUUUUUAUUAGUUUGAAUGUUAGAGGAAUUGUCUGUUGCCAUAUAGUAUCCAACAAGCCAAAUAAUUAAUCCUUUUUAAUUUUUAAUAUUUGAAAAGAAGUGCUUUACCUCUGUGUUGAAAAGGAACUAUUUCGAAAGGUCUGUUAACCAUAAAUAUUCGUGUGAACGAAAUAUGCAUUAGCAGAAUAGAAGAAAAGGAAUUGCGUUUACUCUACGAGUAUUUAAAUCUGAAAAAUGUUGGGCCUCUACUUUACGAAUUAAACAAGGACUUUCUUGCAAGGACUUCAAAAAUUUUGAACAUUAAACAUAUUCAGUAUUUUGUAAAAUAACUAAUGUAUUUUCGCUUGUGAAUAUUUUGUUUAUUUUUUUGUUGUUUUAUGUCCAGUUUUAUGUCAGUUUUGUUAAG